AUGGCUGUUGAAAAAGUCGUGUCUGAUUCUCCCGUGAUUGGGGAAAAGGGCGUAAUGGCUGAUGAAAGCGCUCCUACGAAGGAACCCUUCACUGCAACGGGUGAAGAAUAUGAGCAGGAUGAUUUCAUGACGAGGACGGGAUUGAAUGCAAAAUCGUUUACGAGGAAGCAUUAUGGACUUGGGCUUGUGGAAUUGGAUCGCAAGAUGAAGCCGAGACAUCUUCAGAUGGUGGCUAUUGGAGGAUCGAUCGGUGCUGGAUUCUUUGUUGGAUCUGGUUCGGCGUUGAGUAAAGGUGGCCCUGCUACGCUGUUCAUUGACUUCUUCCUCGUUGGAGUCAUGGUCUUCAAUGUCGUCUACGCAAUGGGUGAACUCGCCGUCAUGUAUCCCAUUUCCGGUGGUUUCUACACGUAUGCAGCUCGUUUCAUCGACCCAUCUUUCGGUUUCGCCAUGGCGUGGAACUACACUCUUCAGUGGGCUGCUACGCUUCCUCUUGAACUCACAGUCUGCGCUAUUACGAUCCAGUACUGGUCCCCUGACGUUUCCCCCGGAGUCUGGAUCGCCGUGUUUCUCGCUGCUAUCACCAUCCUCAACAUGUUCGGCACGCUAGGAUACGCCGAGGAGGAAUUCUGGGCGGCGUGCUUCAAACUCACGUCGAUUUCUAUCUUUAUGAUAAUCGCGCUGGUGUUGGUCUGUGGUGGGGGUCCGUCUAGUGGGAGCUAUGAUACCUACCAGGGCUUUAAGCUGUGGCAUGAUCCCGGUGCUUUCAAGAAUGGGUUCAAGGGCUUUUGCUCUGUUUUUGUAACAGCCGCGUUCUCGUUUGCUGGUUCAGAACUCGUGGGUUUGGCAGCGGCUGAGUCUCGAAAUCCUACUGCCUCGGUUCCUGCAGCUAUCAAGCAGGUCUUUUGGAGAAUCUGCUUGUUUUACAUCGUUGCACUGCUUUUCGUUGGUUUGUUGAUCAACUGCAACGAUCCGAAUCUUCUCAGCUCGAGUUCGUACUCCAACAGCGCAGCUUCGCCCUUCGUCCUUGUUGGGAAAUAUUCUGGUCUAAAAGGUCUCGACCACUACAUGAACGCCGUUAUCCUCUCGUCAGUUUUGUCCCUCGGCAUCGCGUCCGUGUACGGCGGGUCUCGCACGCUUCUUGCGCUCGCACAACAGGGUUUCGCGCCAAAGAUCUUUACUUGGGUUGAUCGAGCGGGUCGACCUCUGCCUUCUGUUGGAUUCAUCAUUGCAUUUGGAUGCCUUGCUUUCUUGAACCUUGAUGCAGCUGGUCCUGUCAUCUUUGACUGGCUUUUGGCUUUGUCGGGAUUGGCCAUGCUCGUUUGCUGGGGAUCAAUUUGUCUUGCGCAUAUUCGGUUUAGAGCGGCGUGGAAGUAUAAUGGCCAUACACUCGACGAAAUCCCGUUCAAGGCUAUUGGUGGCGUUUGGGGAUCAUGGCUGGGCUUGAUCUUUGUUGUUGUCAUUCUCAUUGCUCAGUUCUACGUGGCCAUUGUCGCCCCUGUUGGGGAGUCCGGAAUGGGUACUGUCGAAGACUUCUUCAUGCAGUAUCUUGGACUUCCUAUCGUGCUGGCUUUCUGGGCUGGAGGAUAUCUCUGGAAGAGGACAAGUUGGAUCAGCAUUGAAAAGAUUGAUAUUGAUACGGGCCGACGUGAACAUGAUUGGGAGGCCAUCAAUGCUUGGAGGACAGAGCUCGCUACGUUUCCCUGGUGGAAGCGAUUGAGAUACACUUUGUUCUAG